GAGGGCUGGUUUCCUUUCCAGUUCCCAUCAUCUAGCAUGCUCCGUUACCAGCGCAGAGGUUAAAGCCUCUGAGGUAGAGCAAUACUAUUUAUAAUCAUCAGCAAUGUACUCUCUACAUAUUUGAAAGACUGAUUUCUGUCCUUUAAAGGCUGUCUCAGAACAGUGGCAACAAAAAUUUGGAGAUCAAGUUUUCUCUCAUUAUUGUGAAGCAGAGGACAUUUCUUCUGAGGCAAAACAUCAUUACUGCAGAAUAAAUAUGCUAAGCAUUGCGGGAAGCCAGAUGAAGCCUUAAAUGAAAACAUUCAUGUUAAUAUUUAACCCCUUUCACUUAUGCGAGAUCUCUACACAAGCAACAGAAUGAAGAAUGCCAUCUGAAUUUUGCUGAAGGACAAUGGGGCUUUUUAUUUAUUAAAUUAUGCUGCCUUCUCCUGGCUAAUUUUGUGCAAGGAGCUGCUAAGAAAAAACUAUUCUUCUGGGACCUGAUUUCAUAAUGUUUUUCUCCGGCCUGCGCAUCCAAGGCGGACUGAGGAGCACUGUUGACAGGACAUAGAAGCAAAAUGGAUGAAUCCUCCACCUAACACACAAAUCCACCUUCUGGAAUGCGGAGUGGAAAAGAGGCGUUCUUCCAGCAUGAAAUCCAGUGCAUACCAGAAUUUUGUCUAGGAAGUUCUGUACCACAUGCUUCAAGGAAAAGACUUCAUGUAAUAGCUGCAGGACUCAGGACUUGUGUUGUCAUGCUUCUGACUUUUCAACAAGGAAGAUGUCAGGAAGUCUCUCUCCCUCUCUUUAUCUCGCUUUUCCUUUCAGAUAUUCUGAAUUCUUAAUUAAACUAUGACCAUAAGACAGCAUCUGGAAAAUAAAAAAUGAACCCACUUGAUGCAACAAAAUCAGGAUUUUUAGUGUGCAUUGCUAUCUGCAUGUUCAUUUACACUUUUAUCUACCUAAAGAACACACUUUCUGAAGAGCCAAACGAACAAAAAUUUACUACAGAUACAGCAGAGUGUGGUUUUUACCCGGAUGAACUUUGUUCAGCUCUUUUUGUGGGGAAAAGCGUUGCCUCUCAAAUCGGAAACUUUUGUCAGAACACCUACCAACCGGAAACACUCAACUGCAUUCAGACUUCUUGCAACUGCUCCAUGGUUUUGAAGAGUCUGCGUUUUAUAACAAGACCACUGUCUGAAGAAGAAGGAAAUUUCUCAUUGGCAUAUAUUAUCACAAUUCACAAGGAGCUGCAAAUGUUUGUAAAGCUACUAAGAGCUAUUUAUAUGCCUCAGAAUAUUUACUGCAUACAUGUUGAUGAAAAGUCACCAAAAGAUUAUAAAACUGCUGUACAAAACAUGGUUAACUGCUUUGAAAAUAUUUUUAUUUCCUCAAAAAGAGAAAACGUUGUUUAUGCAGGAUUUUCAAGAUUACAAGCUGAUAUUAACUGCAUGAGAGAUCUAGUCCAUUCCAAAGUUCAGUGGAAUUAUGUUAUUAAUUUAUGUGGUCAAGAUUAUCCCCUCAAAACAAACAAAGACAUUAUACGAUACAUCAAAAGCAAAUGGAAUGGUAAAAAUAUGACACCUGGGGUAGUCCAACCACUUCAUAUGAAACACAGGACACAAGUUAGUUACAGAGAAUAUGUACAUUCUGGAAUGUCGUACGUGUAUCCAACAAAGAAUAUAAAAGCUAAACCUCCAUAUAAUUUGACAAUAUAUUUUGGUAGUGCCUAUUACAUACUCACUAAAGAAUUUGUGGAGUUUACACUGACUGAUGCACGUGCAAAAGAAUUGCUUGAAUGGUCAAGAGACACGUACAGUCCGGAUGAACACUACUGGGUCACACUGAAUCGCUUAAAUGAUGCUCCAGGUGCUACACCAAAUGCAGACUGGGAAGGAAACAUACGAGCCAUUAAGUGGAAAGAUCAGGAAGGAACCACACACAAAGGCUGCAAAGGUCAUUACAUCAGAGACAUUUGUGUCUAUGGACUAGGGGAUUUACAGUGGAUCAUUGAAUCACCUCAUUUAUUUGCCAACAAAUUUGAACCUGCAACAUAUCCGCUUGUUAUGGACUGCCUAGAGAGACGCUACAGACUUAAAGUACUGCGGCAAGCAGAAGUCCCAAUUGAAGAUCACUGGCGUUUUCAGGAAAAUAGCUACUUUAACAUGAAACUGCAUGUUUGAGCUUAUGUAACAUUUAAACAGUGCUCAAAAUAUUGAAAGAAACCAUCAAGAUUUUUAGCCAUAGUCUUCACUCUGUGCAUUACAUCAUAAGGAUAUGCACAAUACUGUACUACUGUUCACCAGUGAAAUAAGCAGUUAGUUUUACUUAUCAUAAUAAAAUAGAGAACAACAACUGCUAAUGGGUUAAUUCUAAAAAUAAAAAGAAAAAUGACAGAG